CGUACUGAUCAGCAGUGUAUCGGUUAUCUCUGCACCAUGGAUGAACAUAAAGGCCAUGAAACAGUCCCAGCUGAAGCAGAAAGGACUGAGAAGCAGAAGGAGCUCCAGGAGAGACGACAACAAAUCCAGCAGAGAAUCCAGGACCAGGAGAAAGAUGUGAAGCUGCUUCAACAGGAGGUGGAGGUCAUCAAUAUCUCUGCUGAUAAUGCAGUGGAGGACAGUGAGAAGAUCUUCACUGAUCUGAUCUGUCUCCUGCAGAAAAGAAGCUCUGAUGUGAAGCAGCAGAUCAGAUCCCAGCAGGAAACUGAAGUGAGUCGAGUCAAAGAGCUUCAGAAGAAGCUGGAGCAGGAGAUCACUGAGCUGAAGAGGAAAGAUGCUGAGCUGGAGAAGUUCUCAAUCACAGAGGAUCACAACCAGUUUCUCCAGAACUACCCCUCACUGUCAGCACUCAGUGACUCUACACACUCAUCCAGCAUCAAUAAUCGUCCUCUGAGAUACUUUGAGGAUGUGACAGCAGCUGUGUCAGAGCUCAGAGAGAAACUACAGGACAUCCUGAGAGAUACAGAGACAAACAUUUCAGUGGCAGUAUCUGAUGUGGAUGUCCUACUGUCAGAACCAGAACCAAAGACCAGAACUGGAUUCCUAAAAUAUUCUAGGCAAAUCACUCUGGAUCCGAAAAGUGCAAACAGAUUCCUGUUAUUAUCUGAGGGGAACAGGAAAGCAACAUUUGUGUUUGAACAACAACAUUUUCCUUCUUAUAAUCCAGCCUUAGUUAAUGUUUGUUUUGAGGUUCUGUGUAGAGAGCAUCUGCCUGGACGCUGUUAUUGGGAGGUGGAGUGGAGAGGAAGGGCCAUCCGUCUAGCUGUGUCAUCAAAUGAUAUUAAAAGAAUAGGAAGCGCAGAUGCAAAUUUGUUUGGAUCGAAUACUAUUUCCUGGGCAUUGCGUUGUGAUCAGAAUAGUUAUACAUAUAUCCACAAUGAUGUGAGAUUUCCAGUAUCGGGUCGAGUUUCCUCCAGAAUAGGAGUGUAUCUGGAUCACAGAGCAGGUAUUCUGUCUUUCUACAGUGUCUCUGGCACCAUGACUCUCCUCCAUAGAGUCCAGACCACAUUCACUCAGCCUCUAUAUGCUGGGAUUUCUCUGUAUCAGGGAUCCUCUGCUGAGUUCCUUAAACUUAAAUAG